UAACGCGGAACUUGCCUAACACAGAAAAUCCGUCGCACAAAAAGUCAGUCGAACGAAAAACGAUACCAUGGUGCCUUUGAUAACUUUCCUGUACGCCUUUCUGAGCAUUCUAAUCACUUUCGCAAAUGCAUUUGUGAUAUCUGCCGUCUACUCAACGCGUGCACUUCGAAGGAUUACAAAUUAUUCCCUGGUUUCGUUGGCCAUCGCUGAUCUUGUUGUUGGUAUGGUUGUUCUUCCUGUAAGGAUAUGCGAAGCACAAGACUUUCGCAAGUCGCAAAAUUUUAGUUGGUGCCAAUUUUCAUUGAGUCUUACAUUGCUCAGUUUGUCUGCUUCUGUUUUGAAUCUUUUAAUUGUUACUGUAGAGCGUUACUUUGCUAUAAUUUUGCCUCUUUCGUACUCGAGUAAAGUUACUGCUCGGCGAAAUUUUUAUGCAAUAAUUCUCGUGUGGUUUGUUGCAAUGUUUACCUCGUUCUUGCCGUUCGUUACUCUGAGGAACAUGACAGCUAAAGAGCGUGGCCGAGAACACAAGAUUUGCCGAUUUGCAGACACGAUGAGCCCAGAAUAUUUGACAUUUUUUUCAGCUGCCAUCGUUUUAAUUCCGACUUUGUUCAUCUCCGCCGCCUACUUGAAAAUUUACCGUGCAGCAGUCAAGCUGAGAGGAAGACUGAAAGCUUUACAAGUGCAGCGGGAUGGAAAUCAUAAUAUUGCAAAGGCGUUAAAAGAAUCCAAGGCUGCUAGAACGGUUGGGAUUGUGGUAGGAGUAUUUUAUCUGUGCUGGAUUCCUUUCAUGGUAGCAGUCAUUUUGAGUGCUUUCGUCAAAAAUUUGAUCACCCCAGUCGUAGUUCUGGUCAUCUCUGUUCUUAUCUAUAGCAAUUCCGCCAUUAACCCAGUCCUCUACGGUUAUUUGAAUCGCGACUUCCGGUUGGCUUACAAAAGAAUGUUUUCGAGAAUUUCCUUACCUAGCGCAUGCGCAAGAGUCCAUCCUCGCGAAAGAAGAAGAUGUUAUGAGUUACCAGAGUUAUCUACGAGUUCUCAGCCUGGUCAAGGGAUAUAUAUCAGUGACAGUGCGUUGUGAUCAUUACGUAUCCGCCGCCAAUCUGAAACCGAAAAGACCCUGGAACGACCCUGGAACGAGUUUAAGGCACUAUGUGACAUAUUUCGAGUUCCGAAGAAGCUAGGAAGCCAUUAUGAUUCUUUGACAGUCCAUGAGGAUUGCCACUAAAGUGGGAACGAACGACAAACACAAACUAUCCACACACGGAGAAACUCGCGCGGUAAUUUCGCCGUCACCAUAUGUCCCGUUCCUAAGCGAAGUUGGAAACAGUUGCUACCGUAAACAGAACCCGACUUUGAUCGCGAGUUUGUAUGUAAUGUAGUUUAGAACUCGAUCCGGGCAGGGAAUUGAUGCUACAACAUUUAUAGUAUUUUCUCUAUGAUAAAUCCUAACUCUUAAUUCUAACUAAAAUUUUUUAAACCACUUUCGACCACAACUCGAACUACCAAAAAAAACACCACUAACAAAAAAUUACGCGCUUGCAUCCUCAUUUGGUUGUUUCGAGACAACACCUGUGAUUUGCGCCAUAUUGUGGCAAGUACAUAUGGCCUUGUGGUAAAUAGUCUGAAGCACUAAAGGCUUAAUUUAGUCAAAUAACCUCCAUAGUUUAAAUGCACUCACAGACGUGAACCUCACGUUGAUAAAUCGGCCUUAAGUCUUGGGGAGAUAAAACACAUCAAAUACUGAUAAUUUUAGAAACGUCACAUUCGAAAAAGAAUCAAGAAGAAUCACAGAAGUGUCAUUUUAAAAUAAUUUAGAUUACACAAAGGACAAUGAAUUCACCUAUGCCUGAAUACAAACAGUCGGGUUGAUAAGCGUCGAAGAUUCAGUUCAACUGGUAAACGAAUACCAACUGACCUUCAUCACACGAUAACCAUAACGUCAUUAUCCGGUUCCAGGCUGUGCGCGGCUAAUAAGCCACUUGUUGAUGGUUUUGGUGGGUUUUGCCACCCGCCGAUACGGGUGACUACAGAACUCCAAAAACACAACUCAAAAAAAUGCAACAGGAAACGCUUGCUGGCUGAAAAUUGAGAAGGCAUGGCAUGCAACGGGUAUUAAGGCUUCGGUGGAAACAUUUUUGAGUCAAUCUCAGCUUGCCUGGCUCAUUACAGUAUUCAGCGCGAGUGUUUCCAGAUUUCGCUACAGAUAAGGUAAGAUUGUUCACGUCUAAUGUCGACGUCGCGCUUCAUCAGACGGGCAUCUAACCUAAUGGGUCAUCAUAAAA